ACACACACACACACAACCUCCGAGGGAGUUUCAAGGGGCAGUUUGGGGUGGAGUCUAAGCCUUCCAGAGCUUCCCAAGCUAAGGAAGUUAGAAACAAAGCAAAGUUUAACCUGUUUAGUGUACUCACGACUCCCAUUCACCACCAUUGAUACAUAAAGCGAGAGGCUGAGGCGAUGCCACACCCAUAUUAAAGACUUCAAUGGCAUGAGAGCCGCACCGCGCCCACAGGACUUUAUCCGAGCACAUCUGUGAGAUACACGCAGUGUGGUGGAGUCCAGAGAAAUUCAGCUACUGCAGACCACAUACACACACAACAGGAUGUAUGAACGCGCGCUGUUCGCGGUCUGGCUGCUUACUUUGGUGGUGUUUCAGAAGGCUGAGUCUUGUGAGUUGAGGCCUGUUCUUGCUCAGGUUCCUAAGAGACUGCCCGCUGGUUAUGUCAUUUCUGAGGGCACGGAAGAAUUGACCCUCAAACGCUGUGCGGCCAAGCCCGUGACCUUUACUUCCAGUGACCCUGACUUCGCUGUAAAUACAGAUGGAACCAUUAUCACAGUUCGUGGUUUGGUGAUUACAACAAAGCGGUUUUCUGUGCUGGUGCACGACGAGAGCGGUUUGGAUUGGAGGGUGGACGUUAUCCUGUCCUGUAAAGAUGAGGCAUCUCAGAAGUCCAGCAGUGUGGCUCACAAGCGCAUUAAGAGAAGAUGGAGACCGUUGCCUUUUAAUCUUAUUGAGAAUGACAGCCCUCCAUUCCCAAAAGACCUGGAGAUGAUUGCAUCUGAUUCCUCUGUAAAUUACACAGUGCAUUAUGAGAUCAGUGGGCAAGGUGUUACGACAGAACCUGUGGGCCUUUUCCUUCUCAUCAAGGAAACUGGCAUGCUGAGAGUGACCAGGGCCGUCGACCGUGAGCAGUACCCAGAAUUCAGAUUUAUCGCUCGUGUGUUUGACCAAAAUGGCAGGGAAGUUGAUGAAUUUCUGCCCAUCACUGUGAUUGUGGAGGAUAAGAAUGACAACGCCCCUGAGUUCACAGGAGGUCGCGUAUUCACUGUAGAAGAACGGUGCAGGGCAGGUACUUUAAUAGGAAAAGUGAAUGCCACAGAUAAAGAUCUGGCAAAUACCCUCCACACCAAGAUCAAGUUUACUCUGCUCAACGCUACUGACAUGUUCUCUAUUGAUCCUUCUACUGGAGCAUUGACCGCUAAAACCAACACCUUAGACAGAGAGGCUCAGGACAAAGUCUAUGUUAACAUAGAGAUCAGAGAUAUGGGCGGCGCUCCUAAUGGGCUCUUCAACAGAGGAACUGUUGUGAUUAUUCUCACAGAUGUUAAUGAUAACCCUCCUACCUUUAAAGAGAAGUUGUACAAAGCCAAGGUCCAGGAGAACCAAGAAAAUGUGCUAGUUACUAGGAUCCCAGUGGAAGACAAGGAUUUGGUGAACACCUCCAACUGGAAGGCCCUCUUUGAGGUCACCAAAGGAAAUGAAAGUGGACAAUUCAGGAUGGAGACAGACCCCAAAACCAACGAGGGGCUUCUGUAUGUCAUAAAGGGAUUGGAUUUUGAAAAAACUCCAGUGGUGCAGCUGGAAAUUACUGCCCGUAAUGAGGUUCCACUGGUUGGGACUGACGCGACCUGGCUCUCUGUGCCACUCGAGCUCAGUGUGGGAGAUGAAGAUGAAGGACCAGAGUUCAACCCUGCCAUUCUAUAUCUCAAAGUCAAGGAGAAUGUUCCCAAUGGAACCGUCAUUGGAACCUAUAAAGCUCUGGACCCAGAGACCAAGAACAGCAAUGGCAUAAAGUACUAUAAGAUGACUGACCCAGGUAACUGGAUCACUGUGGUGGAGAACACUGGAGAACUGAAAACAGCCAAUACUAUAGACCGAGAAUCACCUUUGGUCCACAACGACAAGUACAACAUAACCAUCAGAGCAGUGGAUGACAGUAAGAAGACAGGAAAGGGGAUGGUAAUCAUCCAGAUCGAAGACGAAAAUGACAACAUGCCUGUGAUUCCCAAUACUGACCUGGUCAUCUGUAAUAAGGGUGAUACGCUGAGCUCAGUUCUGGUUGAAGCUGUGGACCUCGACAAGCCACCUUACUCCACUCCCUUCAUUUUCGAAAUUGGAGCAGAGAAUGAUGGGAAGUGGAAACUGAAGGAUAAAACAGAUUCCUCCGUGGUGCUGGAACAGGCAGUGGUCAUGCCAAACGGUCUCUACACUGUCCCUCUCUUGGUGAAGGAUCUGCAGGGAAUCGGGAAAGAGCAGACCGUGAAUGUGCGAGUGUGCUCCUGUGAAAGAGAGGACAAUGGAGCGGGAAUAUGUGGGGCUCGAAGUGCCUCCACCUCUUUGGGAAAUUUGGGAAUCCUUGCCUUAGUGCUUUCUAGCCUGCUGCUGCUACUGUUAUGUCUGUUACUCAUCUUCAUAUGCAGUACGAAGAGAGACAAGCUGUACAUCAGUGAUGAUACUGGAACAGGAGGAAUGCUGCUGAAAUCCAACACUGAGGCUCCUGGUGAAGAAGUGAAGGACGGAGCUUUGAUGAUUAUUCCUGGUGGAGAUGUAGUGGACGGGUCACUACAGAUCAGCGCCAUGGACAGUAAGAACGUGAAUGCAGGACGUUAUGGGGAUCAGUUUAUCCAGGGAGGUGGUGUGUACAACACCACCACUCAAGAAUUUGGGACAGGAAAGUACUGCACAUCCGGACGCUAUGAUAACAACAUGUAUGGCAACACCGUGUUCAAGAAAUUCUCAAAUACGAGUACUCACGACACAUGGAAAACUAAUGGACACUACUUGGACAGAAAACUGGCUUACUUCGGAGACGAGGAGGAGGGGCGGUACGCGGAUGACAUGCUGAAGACUUAUGGGAAUGAGGGGGCAGGCUCUCUUGCAGGCUCUGUAGGAUGUUGUAGCCUCUUGGGUGAUCAGGAAUCAAUGGACUUUUUGAAUACUCUCGGCCCCAAAUUCAGACCACUGGCUGACGUCUGCUACACAACAAAAAAAAUGGGAAACUGACGUGACUGAGAUAAGAGAGCGCCGUAUGCUGUUUGCCAGAGGCUGUCAAAGAACACUACAACAAAAAAAUCAUGUUCUUAAUCUGUAUUUUUGUCUCAUUUCCCAGUAAAAUAUCUAAACAUCUUUAAAUCAAGAUGAAUUUACUUGAGAGGCAACAUUUUGUAAGACCAUUUUCUGAAUAUUAAGACUGUAUUUUUUGACACAUCUGCAAAAAAUGUUCUUGUUUAAAUGUAAAUCUCAUUAAAUAUGAUUAGAUUUAUGCUCAGCAAUAUAGGGUUAAGGUUACUUUUAAACACAUAAGAUAUAUUCCCUAAAAUAAGUCUUUAAUUUUAGGGAAUAUAUCUUAUGGGGUUAAGGUUAUUUUUAAACAUAUUUCUGAGCAUAAAUCUAAUGUUUAGUUAUUUUUACUGGAAAACAAGACAAAAAUAGUGAUUUAGAAAAUGAUUAUUGCAGUGCAUGUCUUUCUGCUGGAUUAAUCAAGUGCCUGUGUGCGUGUGUGUGUGUGUGUGUGUGUGUGUGUUAACUUUUGUAAGUUAAGUUUUUGAGUGUGUGAAUGAUGGAGUUAAGCUUUUCUAUAAUUGUCUGCUACAUUUUGCUCUGCUUUGCAAUCCUUUCCUCACAGAGCCGAGGAGGGACAGUUUAAAUAUUAGUAUACAGAAGAGACAUUAUUCUCUCCCCGAUCAAUUGCAAUUCUCAGCCGUGUGAAGUAUUAUCUGAGUCUAUAUUUACAAGACCAUGAUGAAGUGUGCUCAUAAACAUUUUUUGGGCAGCGUGUGGAAUUCCGAGCGCUCUUCAGCUCCAAAAGCACUGACACCUGACAUCAACUCUGGACAUUGAACUCAUCUUUAGGCCAUGAUGUAUUACUAGAGUUUUUGUGUUAUUUUCUUACAACUUGCUUAGGAUUUAUUUUUAAUUUCAAUGAAAAGAAACCAAAUAUGUUGUAUGUAAGUCACUUUAUACUUUUAAUGAAGAUGUAGGUGAAAGAAUAGGUAAAAAUUGGGAAAAACUACACUUAGAAGUACCUCUUUUUUAGCUCUAUGAUAUUUCAGUUUUGUUCUGACAGCACAUUUUAAGGUUUUUUUGUUUUGUUUUGUAUUUGUGGUAAACAACUACAUAUCAGAAAUUUAGAGGGUUGUUCUGUUUUUAGAUUUAUUAAAGGGAUGUUCUUUGUAAAUAUUUUAAUAAAAUUGAUUACAGACUUUA